AAUUCAGGCACCCUUUUUAACCCGCAUAGUGUAACUCACUGAGUUUUUUACUAAUGAGUACGGAAGAGAAAGAAAUGUGCCCCUUGUGUAUGGAACCAAUGGAAGCAGAUGACCUUGCUUUUUAUCCAUGCGACUGUCGGUACCAGGCAAGUAAACGUAAAAUAUUUCGUUGUAAUCGGAGUAGGUAUGCCGCUUCUGUUGGGCUAAAAUCAUCAAUGAAGAAAAUGGCCUGUGUCCAGCAUGUCGGAAGGAAUAUAAUUCGGAGAAACCAGCUUCAUAUAAACCUAUUUCAGAAUCAGAGUAAGCUUUUUUCAUUACGAUAAACUGUUUUUUUUUUUAGAGAAUCUCGAUGUAGAUCAAGCAGGAGACGUAAGGAAUAUAUGAAGAAGACAAAAUUAAACCCUGAGAUGCUUAAAAUAUUACCGGAAUUAAGAGUUGUGCAGCCGAACCUUAUAUUUGUGGUCGGGUUGCCCACGUGGAUUUCCAAAGACAAAGAUAUUUUGAAGGGUCAGGAUUAUUUUGGGCGCUAUGGAAAAAUAUUCAAAGUUGAGGUUAACCAGAACCAAACUUUCGGUGGACCACAGGGUCAACCCAGUUUCAGUGCAUACAUAACGUAUUAUCGAGCUGAAGAUGCUAUGCGCUCAAUUAGAGAUCUUAAUCAAAGCACGUUACAUGGAAGACCUAUUCGUGUUUCUCUUGGUACGACGAAGUACUGUAGUCAGUUCCUAAGAGGCACUAAGUGUACCAAGCAUGAGUGUAUGUAUUUGCAUGAAUUGGGCGAUUCAGCUGCAAGUUUUACUAAGGAAGAAAUGCAAGCUGGAAAGCAUACUGAAUAUAUGAAUAAGCUGUUACAAGAAUUUUGUCAAUCUAAAUCAUCGUGUACUUUGGAUUCACAAAAAGAGGAAACCACUAUCUUAGGUCCAGUAGAUUCUUCCGGGUCAAAUACAAACGAUGCUACUAUAUCCCAUCCUGUUGAAUCAAGCAGUCAUUCAAAUGGUCGAAGUCGGGUGAGAUAUGAUGGUACUUCUUCCAUGUCAAGUGAAAACUCAAAUUUUCAAAUGUUGGAUAGAUCUACGUCACAGUCAGAGCAGACAUCUGAUUCAGGAAGGAAUGUAUCGACUAGAGAUACUCGUAAAUUAAGACAUACAGAUAAAGACCAUAUGAGUGGAAAUUCAGUUUCUGAUGCUUCUGUCAAUGAUAAAUCCAAAUUAAGUUACGGGAAUUCCAAUAAGUCCAGCAACUGGAAUCAUUCAUCAUCUUCAUCAGAUUAUUCAUAUAGGAAACCUGCGAAAAAUUCGUUUGGAACUUUUCAUUUUAAGAAUACACCUGAAACAACAGACGCAGAGAAGUCUUACGGUGUAGGUGGUAAAAGUGUUAAUGUACGACAUAAUCAUUCCGUACAAAAUCGAAUUCCAGUGACUCAGUCCGCUCCAUCUAAUCAAGUAUCCACUGCUGCAGAGCCAGUUUGCACAAAUAGUAAUAGUUGUCAUCGUACCUGGUGUCGUCCGACUUCAGUGAAUUCAUCUAAUAUGCAACCACUAUUAGGAGAUGAACCUGCAGAUAUUGAUUUUGAUCCAUUUCGUGAAUCACAACAGGGUUUAGCUGAAUUGUUAGCUGCUGAAGUUGCACGCCUUGAAGUAUCUGAUUCUCUAUCCAAUCAUCGUGUAUGUUAUGCUAAUGGAUCUUCAGUGAAUAAAACUCCUUACUGUUCAACUGGUGGUGGUGGUGAUCCAGUGAAAUCACAGUCUUCUCACAUCGACACCAGAGUUCCUCAGACAACAGUAGGUUGCGAUCCUUCUCAACCUACAGGAAUACAUCCAUGGUAUCCUAAUUUAAUGUCAUACAACAGAAGUAACAAUGAUGCAGAUAAAGUAUCCAAUGUGAGUUACAAUAAUUUUACUAGCCAUUAUCCACCUCCUGGUUUUGAGGAGGCUGUAAAAGCUUAUGAUCAGGCUUCUUCUAACAAUCAGUUCUUGUCAUCUUCUGCACCUGAUCCUUUAAGUCCAGCCUAUCCAGAGCCAAAUUAUUCAUGCCCUGAAAAUUUUGGAUGUAACAAUAACAAUAUACAUAAUACAACUGGUUCUUUACUACAAUCUACUGCAUUUUCAAGAAAUCUACCUUCUACAGACUCUAGUAGUGGAAAAUAUACAGCAAACUCUAUGUCUUUAGAGAAUUGGCUCGAAGCUAAACGAAUAUCUGAUCAUAUAAGUGCAAUGUAUCCAGAUACCUUUUAUUCACCAAUUCCUCCACCUCUACCUAAUGUUAACAACAACCAGGUAAAGGGUGAAUCAAUUCCACAGAACUCUAGUCAGUUUAUGAACAACGUAUUUACUGCUGUGUUCAAUGCUCCCGGUGUAACAAGUAAUGGUGCAACCAGUAUGUAUGAUAAAUCUGCAGCAAAAUCUUCAGCAUCUAUGUUCGAUCUUAGUCAACUAAUUAAUCAGCUUUAUUGUCAAUCCUCUAGUUAUUCAGAAACAAAUACACAUCCUCCUAAUGAUUGGUCGGCUAGAGUCAGUAUGCCUUUAGGAUGUACACAGAAUGAAGUUGUAGAUUCAUCUAUGUGUUCUAGUUCAGCAGCGCCAAACCCGAAUAUUUUCAUCCCUGGAAAAUAUGUAUCUAGGACAGGUUCUUUCCCUAGUAAUAAUGAAUAUCAACAACAUCAGAAGAUGCUGUUUGGCAUAUAAGUGUCCUUUUUGAUGAUGCCCAUUAGUUUGUAUUGAUGUCUGUUUUUGAAGAGAGAUAUUCUAGUCAUAUUACUUCAUAACUAUGAUACAGUGUGAUAAUGUUUUCACUAACAUGUGUAAAGAGUUUGUGUGUGUGUGUGAAUGUGUAGUUUUUUUAUUAUAGAAAAGUAUCUUUUUCUUUGUAAGUAUUUUAAUUAGCCUAGUCAAUUCUAGGGGGGUUAUUCAUCAUAGUAAUCCUGAGUAAUUCAUUUUCAUUUAGGUGUAGUAUUUGGAGAAGGAAUGUAGUUUUGCAGAGUCAAUACCUAAUCGCUUUUUGUUGUAAGGCGAGCUCGCCUUAGCGCUGGGUUCAAACCCUGGCGGUGGAUGUGUACUACUGAAGAGUCCCAAGCCAGGACGAAACAGCUGUGCAGGUUUUCCAAUGGUUCUCUCAGCUCAUGAUGAAAUCCUUUAACCAGUUUGAAAUUGUGUUUUUUAAAAUUCUUUAUUAUGGUUCUUCAAUUUUAGUAUUACUUUUUUUCUUGAGUAUUAGACAAAAGACCGUGUCCAGUCUGAGUUAUUGGCUGGACAGUGGCUCACUGUAGAACCUUACGUUUGGCUUGCAUCAUUACAAGUUGUCACGGUUGGACAAGGCACAUAAGAUAAGAGAAUAGAAGUGUAAUGUUACUUUACAGAGGUAGAGGUGUGUUAGGGAAUAAUUAAAUUGUGAAGCAGUCAAGAUAUUCUGAAUUUCGAAGAUAAUGAGGAAUAGACACAGGGAUGAUUAUAAAUAAUUUUGAGCCAUUCCAUGAACAGGCCCUAGCUACCGACUGCUAAAAUCCUGACCACUUCAGACACGCAACCUACACCAAUACUUAUAGACUUCAUGAAUUAUUACUAUAUCUUGAUAUGAUGCCCUGUUAUUUAAAAAAAAGAGUGUAAUCCUAUCUCAGUGGACAUUACUCAU